AGCGAGGGGCCCGGGAGCCCGGCUGCCCCGCAGGCCGCGCAGCGCCGCGGGGGAGGCACCGGCCCGCCCGGCCAGUGAGCUCCAUCCCAGCUCGCUGCCUCCCCCGCUCCUCGCCCUCUCCCCUCCUCGCCGUCGGCCCCGUCCGUCUGUUCCGGGAUGCCUCCCAACCUCACCGGCUAUUACCGCUUCGUCUCCCAGGAGAACAUGGACAAUUACCUGCGCGCUUUAGAUAUCAAUGUGGUCCUGCGGAAACUGGUUUGCCUCCUGAAGCCCGAUAAAGAGAUCAUCCAUACAGGAGAUCACAUGGUCAUCCGCACGAUCACCUCCCUGCGGGACUAUGUGAUGGAUUUUGACCUGGGAGUGCAGUUUGAGGAAGACCUGGGACCCGUGGAUGGACGCAAGUGCCAGACAACUGUCUCCUGGGAGGGAGAUCAGCUGGUGUGUGAGCAGCUAGGAGAGAAGAGGAACCGAGGCUGGAGGCACUGGCUGGAGGGAGACAAGCUGCAUCUGCGCAUGACUGCUGAAGACGAGGUCUGUAUCCAGGUUUUCCAGAAAGUGAAGUGAGUGCUCCCCCAGACGGAUGCCCAGAUGGGAUCCUCGCUCCAGAGUGCAAACUGCCUCGGAUUGAAAAAGAAACAAGACCCGAGAGAUCCGAACCCCC